AUGAAGAAUAUCUUUGCCGAGGCUCAGGCUAAGAACGAUGUUGGAGCAUCAGAGUUAGUCAUCGAUGGGCGGGCAAAACUAUGUAGCAACGUGACAGUCGAUCGCAUUCAUGAAAAUUCAGUCGUGCUGACAGACGAGAGUGAACUCCCCGCGGGCUUGAUCGUAUACGCCACUGGCUACAAGUCUAUGAAUGGAUUGGCCGACAAGAUUAAAAGCCCAGAGGUGGCUGAUCGAGUAGGGAAGGUUUGA